AUGGACACAUCGGGGUCGACCGCUUCUUCCUGCUCGCUUCCCUCCUACACGCGCAGCUGCUCUUCCUGUCGACUGCGGAAAGUGAAAUGCGACCGGCAGCAGCCCUGUGUCAACUGUACCCGUGCGGGAACCGAGUGUGUAUACCCCCCGGGACGGGGCAGGGCCCCCAAGCGAUCACGCAACGCUUUAAAUGCACAGCUAUCGGAACGGCUGUCCAAGCUAGAGAACAUCAUAAGGAGCCUGGAGACGGAGAGCGCCGCGGUUUCACCGCAUAACCACGAUGCGAAAGCUAGAGAUAUAGAUUCAAACCCUUCCGUGGAGCAGCGUCUCGGCCGCCUCUUGAUCGAUGACACCCGAAGCUACUAUGUCAGUAAUGUUAUGUGGGCGAAUUUGGGAGACGAGAUCGCAGAGCUACGCGACCUCUUACAUGAGCCUGAUAUGGAGGAAGACCAAGAUGGGAUUGCGGAUGGAUCGGUUCCGGCGCGACCUAUGCCCUCUGGGUCAAACGCUGCAAUCCUAGGGUUUCGAGCGCUCGCUCACUCGCUCUGUCCCUACCACCCACCCCUGGCACAAUCGGUCAAUCUCUUAGAGAUAUUCAAGGAGAACGUUGCGCCCAUGGUGCGAAUAUUUCACAUGCCUACAUUGAUUCGGAGUCACUGGGAUGCCAUUGCAUCGCUAGGCUCACUGGAUCGAAAUAUCGAGGCACUCUUGUUCGCAAUCUACUACGCUGCCGUGAUAAGUAUGGACCCUGAGCAAUGCGAAAGCACUCUGGGUGUAUCCAAGGCACACGCUUCGGAGAUGUACCUGUUUGCGGUGGAACAGGCUCUGGCCCGGGCCGAUCUACUAAACACACAGAGUCUGACUCUGAUGCAAGCCGCCGUGCUCUUUCUGUUUGCAUUACGCAACGAAGAUGACUCGCGGACUGUCUGGUCCCUUACCUCCCUGGUUUUCCAUAUCGCUCAGGCCAUGGGCCUUCAUCGUGAUGGUAUUGUCUUUGGACUAAGACCUAUGGAAACAGAACUUCGCCGCCGGCUGUGGUGGCACAUCUGCCUUCUGGAUGCUCGCUCGUCUGAAUACCAUGGCUGCGAACCAAUCGUGCGCCAGUCCUCCUUUGAUACCAAGUUGCCGCUGAACAUUGAAGACAGUGACCUGAGUGCGGACAUGAUCGAGCCACCUGGUGAGCGGAAUGGCGCCACCGGCAUGUAUUUCUGUCUCAUUCGAUGUGAGGUGAUGCGGGCGUUGUGGAAUAUUAGCUUCGUGGCGCCAAACAUGGAGGCACCGGGAUACUCCAGGGGUUCCGAUAGGCUGCCCCUGAAAGAACGUGAAGCGAUUGUCCAAAAUCUGCAAGAUCGACUCGAGAACCAAUACUUGAAACAUUGCGAUACUUCCAAGCCCUUUUUCCUGGCUUCAACAUUCGUUGCGCGCUUAAUGGUUGCGCGGGCGUGGCUUAUUGCACGCUACCCCCUGGGUGACAAGGAAUAUGGGGCUGGCCUAUCAGUCCCCAUGCGUGACCAUCUCUUCCUGUCCUCCAUCGAGGUUCUGAAGUUAUCGAGCCUGGUACUUACGAAUGAGCAGAUUUCUCACUGGAGUUGGCACUCAAAAACUCACAUUCAAUGGCAUGCGGUCGCAUUUGUACUAUCGGAGAUCUGCUCUCGCCCCCGCUCGGCAGAUUGCGAUUGGGCAUGGGAGUAUGUGAACACUGUAUACGACAACUGGAAGAUGAAAGAGAGUGGAAGGAAGGGUACCUUGUGGCGUCCCAUCAAACGACUGAUGGCCAAGGCACAGUAUGUGCGACAUAUGCAAAAGGUUAACUCGGAAGGCCAGUGGGAUCAAGGAAAUCAAACGGGUGUAUCAUCCGCCGUUAUCAGUCUGGAUAUGCAAAAUGGACCUGGUGCCAUAACGUACCCAGGAGCUGUACCUCCCGACCAGGCCUACACGGCUGCAAGCGAGGGGCUUCCAAGUGACCUCUUAAUGGAACCAUUGGACCUCUUCGGGGAGUUUUUCCCUGGGGACCCGCUUUUGGGGGGCUCUGUAGAAGAAUCGAAUGAUAUUUUUGAGGCAAUACUGCAUCUAGAUGACGCCUCACGGAUUCCUGGAUGGCUGACACCGGAAUAGAUCCGGAAGGCUCUGGCCCUAGAUUGAGCGAGAGACAGUGCUUCCAUCACAAUCCUGGUGUCUGUGGCCUCUAACGAGUGAUUUACAAAAAUCAGUUCAUUUUGGGGCCUAUGCCGUCCGAACUCGGCCUCGGAUAAGCUUACGCGAGCUUGCCAAAGCAAAAGAAAAAGAAAAAAGGCCCGUGGCUCGCGCACGCAUAAGCCCAGCCCGACCGAAGAAUCGUUGCCAGAGUCCGAGGAGCGUUGUUAAAGAGCCAACAACUCCCGACCUCCAGGGUGUCUACUAUAUGCUAUCUUCUUUUGGGCCGGGGUCUUGUCACGGGAUAGCAGUAAUGGCUUCAACUAUGACUCAAACCCCUAACCACGAGCUU